AUGCCAGCCGUCAAGCCAGAUGAACUAAAAGAGAUCUUCAAUUUGUAUGAUGAGGAACUUGAUGGAAAGAUUGAUGGCACUCAGAUCGGUGAUGUUGUUCGUGCUGCAGGACUAAAGCCAACAAACACUAUGGUGGCCAAGGCCUCAGGCAAGGAGUACAAGAAGAAAGGUGAGAAGAGACUCACUUUCGAGGAAUUCCUUCCAAUCUAUGAGCAACUCGCCAAGGAGAAGGAGCAAGGAACUUUUGCUGAUUUUCUUGAGGGACUCAAGGUGUUCGACAAGGAAGAAUGCGGAAAGAUCAUGGCGGCUGAAUUAAGACACGUUCUUCUCGGAAUCGGUGAGAGACUCAGCAAGGAUCAAGUUGACGAGAUCAUGAAGGGAACUGAAGAUGGUGAGGGAAUGGUUAACUAUGAAGCUUUUAUCCGAAAAGUGCUUGCUGGCCCGUUCCCUGAUCGCGAA